GCGGGCUGCUCUCGCAGCCUUGCUCUCGAUCGAUUAUACGCCGCGCGCCGAGCUAAUUACUCGCCACACCUUCGUAAAAGUUAGCAUUCACCCCGUUGAAGAAGGCUGAGGAGCGGUGAGGCACAGCGUUGCGCCUGGCGGGAGCCUGAGCCGGCGACAGUGCAGCUGCACUCGGAGCAAUUACUCCGCGCGCGGAGCCGAAAAUACGGCAAGAGCUUGCGAGACAGUGUGCACUCCGAGGCACAAGCCGAGGCGAUGGCCGACCAGGCCACGGCCCACGCGUUGGACGGCACGCACCGAGUGAUAAGGUGCCCGCUCAACUUGGACCACGUGCAACAUGUUGAUUUAGCGGUCAACGACGAAGGCGAACUAGAAGGCCAGAGCAACGUGAUGAAGUACACGUGCAAGAAGCUCGAACCCCCGAAGGACGACCCGCACGCGCGCUGGGCCGUCGGCGUCUACGACAAGACGACGGGCCGCGUCGACUUCAAGUACGCCGACGAGUUCGACAUGUACGCCGACCCUUUGCAGGCCAAAGCGCCAGAAACGGGAAGCGCAUUGCCCGAGGGCGACUGGCUCGACAAAAAAAUAGCCAUCGCGGACGCGUUCCAGACGCCUAAAGCCCAGAGGCAAUUGCGGCAGCGCGCCGCGAACAGGGUCGCGCCGGAAGCGACGUUCGGCGGUGCCGACCUUAGCAGUACGGUAAAAGAGCUCGAGGAGAAAGCUAGUCAACAACAAGCCGAGGAGGAAAAGUCCGGCCUCGAGGUCGUCUCGACGACCUUUGAUAAUGCCUUUGCGGCGCAUGGUUCCUCUCUAGAUGCGCAGAAAAGGGCGUUACAAGCGCUGGCUUCCGAACGAGGCCGGGACUCGUGGGUGCCCGAGGCGUGGCCCGUCUUCAUCGUAUCUCAGCUAAAAGACGCGGACGAAGCUCAAACGCGCGAUUUACUGUUGGCGCGGCACUUGUUGGAGUUCCGGUCGCUGGACCAGAAGGGCACGUGUAGGGUGGUUGCCGUCGCGCGCGAGCGGCAGAUGCCCGAGGCCGUCCUGGGCGCGAUCCUGGAGACGUACGCCCAGGCCUCCAAGACGGCGGCGGGAUCGUAUAGAUACGACUGCCGCGCGGCGCCGUUGCAAGACGCUUUGACGGUCGCGGUGCUCUUCGCGUUGCUGCGGGCCGGCGGCGGGCGGUUAAGGGUCGAGGACGCGGCGCGCGCGCUCCGGGCCACGGUCAAGCGCUGCACGGCGCUGCUCAAGGCGCGGCUCGGCUGCGCGGUGUCGGCGAAGCGGAAGCGCGGCCAGCCGCACGAGACGACGGCGCGGCUGCCGGGGGUUGUCGAGGACGAGGAGGAGGCCGCUGCUGGGGGCGAUUAAGAGAAG